AUGGAUGAGACAAGUGAAACAAUGGCUGAUCAGCCAGUAUUCCAAGUCAUUGUCUUGGGCCCGACGGGUGGACCUCGUGAGGAUAGCGUCACAGGAAUUCUUGUCCGGUCCACGUCUACGAAAUGGUCUACAGACUCGGUGGUAGCCGUGGAUGCAGGUACCCUUCUUGCAGGCAUAAUUCGACUGCUGGAACGAUACAUCCCCGAAUGCAAGGAUGAUCGCGGCGUGAUGACAAGUGGGCCUUUUCAGGGGCUUGAGCUGCCUUGCAGAACAGCACAAGCAAAUGCAGCCCAUGUAUUUCGCGAAAUUAUCGGCGCUGUUCUCAUCACACAUCCUCAUCUGGAUCAUAUCUCAGGGCUGGCUAUUAACACUCCAAUUCUGGAGGCGGGUAAUGGACCCAAGCCCGUGGCUGCUUUACCAUCUGUACUAUCCGCCAUCAAGAACCACAUGUUCAACGAUAUCAUCUGGCCUAAUUUGUCGGAUGAGGAUGGCGGGGCUGGUCUUCUCACAUAUCAACGCUUGGUGGAAGGUGGAAACCCUCGUUUCGGCCGCGGAGAAAGUAGGGGCUAUGUCAGGGCUUGCAACGGCCUGUUGACAAAAUGCCUGAGUGUUAGCCAUGGCCGGUGCAGGCAGCGAUACCACCCAGAAAGCGGGACGCAUCAUCGAAUCGGGAGCACCGUGUUUUCUGACCACCAAUUUAUGCUUCCUUCGAGAGCGAUUUCAGUAGACCAUACCGAGGGCAGUUAUUACUCCCCCGCUCGCUCCCCACGUCAACUUCCAUCCAACCCCAAAGAAUCAGGGAUGGCAACAGUCGAGAGCUCCGCCUUCUUUCUCCGCGAUCAUCACACCGGCCACGAAAUCAUCGUCUUCGGUGACGUUGAGCCGGAUGCAGUUUCCAUGGGAACUCACAACAAACGAGUAUGGGAAGCCGCCGCACCGAAAAUCGCCACGGGCAAACUCCGCGCGAUCUUCAUCGAAUGUUCCUACAAUGACAGCACUGACGACUCAUAUCUCUACGGCCACAUGUGUCCACGACAUCUAGUCUCUGAGCUUAGUGUGCUGGCCAACAAGGUCACGGAAGUGCGAGGGUUGAGCAUCGGCGAGAAAAAGCGCAAGCGUGAACCCGUAGGGCCCGUCGAGAUCAGCAGCGAGCAAGUCAGCCCUCGCUCGAAACGGACUUCAAAAUCCUCCACCGAUAAAGGCAGGGCAUUUGAGCCGCUCAUUGAGCCUCAUUCGCAUCGGAGCGAGUCAUUCGAGAUCCCCCUGAUACCAAAAGUGGCUCCCAGGGAUGUUCUGGGACAUCCAGACUCUGAGAAUUGGGUUGAUGAUACAGCUCUUCCUCUGGAAGGACUGAAGGUUUACAUCAUUCACAUCAAGGAGAAUCUUACUGAUGGGCCUCAUCCUGGAGAGCAGAUCCUGAGGGAGCUCCAGGAUCACGGCGAAGCAGCGCAUCUGGGUUGUGAAUUCUUUAUUCCGAACCCUCUUGAGGGAAUUUUAAUUUGA